AUGGGUCUCCUUACCAUCGUCGAAGAUCGACCAACACCAAAGGCGGUUUACAAUUGGAGAGUCUACACAGCAGCUUGCAUUGCAUCAUGGGCAGCAUGCAUGAUCGGCUACGACAGUGCCUUCAUUGGCACGACUUUGGCCCUACCAUCCUUCGUUGAGGAAUUCCGUUUUGCGGAGAUGGACCCCGCCGAGUUGAAUCUGACAAAGGCCAACAUCGUCUCGGUGUACCAAGCUGGUGCAUUCUUCGGAGCUUUUGGAGCGUAUGCGUCCAGUCACUACAUUGGCAGGAGGAAGUCGCUCAUUCUCUGGGUACUCAUUUUCAUUUUGGGUGCUGGCAUGAUGCUGGGUGCCAAUGGCGACCGAGGCCUCGGUUUGAUCAUUGGUGGUCGUGUACUUGCAGGUCUGGGAGUUGGUGGAUGCAGCAACAUGGUUCCUAUCUACAUUUCCGAAUUAUCACCACCAGCUGUGCGCGGACGACUGGUCGGUAUCUACGAGCUCGGCUGGCAAAUGGGAGGUCUCGUUGGAUUCUGGAUCAACUACGGUCUUCAGGAGACAAUGGAGCCUUCCCACAAGCAAUGGAUCAUUCCAUUCGCUGUGCAACUCAUUCCUGCCGGCUGCCUCUUGCUUGGCGCCUUCUGGAUGCCGGAAUCACCUCGAUGGUGUCUGACCAAGGGAAAGCGCGAACAAGCACUGAAGGACCUAUGCUGGAUCCGUAACCUUCCCCAAGACCACACAUAUAUUAUGGAGGAGCUCGAUGCCAUAGAUGCUCAGGUCGAACAUGACAGAAUCACCGUCGGACCUGGAUUCUGGAAGCCGUUCCUUGCGCUCAAACAACGCAAGGUACAAUACCGCAUCUUCCUUGGUGGCAUGCUGUUCCUUUGGCAGAACGGAUCCGGUAUCAACGCAAUCAACUACUACUCUCCAACUGUCUUCAAGAGUCUCGGCGUCACAGAAGGCUUCCUUACCACUGGUAUCUUCGGUGUCGUCAAGUGCGUUCUGACCUUUGUCUGGCUCAUCUGGCUCAUCGAUCGUCUCGGCCGCACUAAGCUUCUCAUGUUCGGCGCUCUGGGUGGAUCUUUGUGCAUGUGGUACAUCGCUGCCUACAUCAAGAUCGCUGACCCAACGAACAACAAGAACGCCUCGGGCGAACUCUCCUCCGGCGGUAUCAGCGCAGUCUUCUUCUUCUACCUCUGGACCGCCUUCUACACCCCUUCGUGGAACGGUACUCCAUGGGUCAUCAACUCUGAGAUGUACAGCCAGCAGACCCGCUCCUUGGGUCAAGCAUUCGCUGCGGCAAACAACUGGUUCUGGAACUUCAUCAUCUCUCGCUUCACACCCCAGAUGUUUGCCACCAUGGGCUACGGCGUAUACAUGUUCUUCGCAUGCCUCAUGCUGCUCUCUAUACCCUUUGUCUUCUUCUUGAUACCCGAGACAAAAGGAGUCCCGCUUGAGCGCAUGGACGAGCUUUUCACCAUCAAGCCCGCUUUCAAGGCGCAUGGUAUCCUUGUGGACAGGAUGAAGGAGAAUGAGGAAGUAAACUUGACGAUUAGGGACGAGAAGGCAAGGGCAGAUGAGCAUACUGAAAUGGCUUGA